AUGGAAACUUAAAUCAUAUUAAAGAUAAAAACCUUAGAUAAUCAAAUCACUUCAUUUGCGAUUGAUCCAAAUAAUACUGUUUAAUAAUUGAAAAACGAAAUUUAAACAAAACUAAACAUACCUUUGGAUAAAUAAAGACUGAUUUACUAAGGGAGAGUUUUAGAGAACAACAAAACUUUAUAAGAUUAUAAAGUAUUAAGUGAAUGAAUUGACAUAGUUAUAAAAUGAUCAUGUUAUUUUAUUGCCAGGAUAGCCAAUAUAGGAGGAUUAAAUAGUCUAGAAUUAAACUCAAUAAUAAUAACAAUAGUAAUAAGGAUAAGGUUUAAAUGAAUUUGCUGAAAUAGAUAUCUUAAGUAACAUUCUGAGAACAUUAAGUAAAAGAUGUUUGGUAUUAUAGGAUAACACUAAUAUAAUAGAUAGAAUGUAAGGAGAAUGGUUCAAUAAUAGAGAAGCAAUGGUAUAAAACUAAAUGAUUUUUACGAUUAGGUUUCACUAUAGAUAAGCAAUAGUCAUUAGAGUGUAUAAGAUAAAAUUACUAAACUGUUAAGUAGUUGUUAGAUUGUUAAGUGAAACCUGAGGAAUUGAAACAAGAGGAUAUUUAAGGCAUAUAUAUUAAAUUAUUGAUUUAGGAGAAUAUGUGAAUCCAUUUGAUCCAAAAAAAAGAAAGUUCU